AUGGCAGAGGGAAGACAGGCAAUGUACCAGUCAUUCACCGGAGCAUCGCGCAGACCACGCCAGGUCAACCUCUCGGGCAAGAAUGCGAACCCCUUCGCUGCCAGCAACCCCUUUGGCGGUCCACAGAGUGCUGUACAGAACGCCCACCAAGAUCGCCAACAACGACAGAAGCAACGACAAGAGCUGAACGCCGCGAAGACGAUACAGAGAGUUUGGAGAGGUCACAACUCCAGGUCACAGACAAGAGAUGGAUGGCGCAAACAAUGGGAUGCUACAGAUGCGACGAAUAUCGAUCCGAUACAACGCUUGAACGCACUGCUGCUGUUCUUCUCGCCCUCCAACCAUAGCGAUGUCCAACGCCUCAUUUCCUUCGUCCACGACCACUCGCUUGACACGACUGCGUCAAAACACCAUUUGCGCCUGGAGAAGGCCUGUUUGGAUGCCUUACGGCAGCCUGAGCCUCAACGCGCCGAAGACUUGCUCGCUAUCCUGACCUUCCUAGCCACCACGAUACCCCAUGAGACAGCGAAUAUCUCAAUCGACUACUACACCACCCUCUCCAGACUAGACCAAUCAUCGCUUUCAAACUUCCAACAAGCUGUGGCAGCUCCUCUUGCCUCACACCUCCCCGCUGCCUACCAAGGCUUCGCCGCCGCCUACCUUACCACUCCUCUUGAACAGCCCGCCCUAGACCACUUCGCCCCCCUAGUCGACUUUCGAAAACUGGCUCAGGCUAUUUCGGAUCUACCUUCAACUACAACACUCGAUACAAGACGCCGUUUAUGGCUCCUUGCCCAAUUUAUGUAUCUCAAGAAGGACAAUGUACCCGCCUCGGUCUAUGUGCCAGUCGUUGCGAACCUUCUCUCUUCUUUGGCCGACGUUAUCGCUCCAGAAGCCCCUGCUCUGGACAUGACCAACAAAGACUACGACCGACUAGUGCUCGCCACAAAUCCUGCUCGUGUCCAUCUCAACAGCUUCCUGAGAGAUCAGCUCUCGCGCUUGGUUGACAGAGAUGCCAUCAGUUCGUUGAUCCCGAGGCCGCCUGCUUCUUCAGACACAUCAGUGCUGGACGAGACAUCAGACUCGCAACUUUUGGCUAGCUAUGCCCUGAUACUACUGCGUAUCUUUCCUCUACGUGCUGAUGACAUUCGCAUGUGGCUUUAUAUCGGUCCGCGAGAUCAGGCUUACAAGGAAGACACUGUGCCUGCAAUCGCUUACUUCUGGAAGGGCAUGCGCUCGACAUCCAUCUUUGCAAAUAUUCACAAGGACCCUCGAGCAGCUGUCGACCUUUUACGAGCGCCAAAGUCUUCUGUCUCUGCUUGGAAACCACCUGGCUAUGAAGCAGAGCAAUCCAAACGAAACGAAGAGUGGCGUGUCAUUCUAAUCUUCCUUGAGCUGUUUACCUUUGUGCUGAAGAUCAUGGACGAUGAAGUCUUCCUUGGAAACUCACAGGAUAACAACAAUUCGCUCCCUAUAGAAGACCUGAAAGAUCUGACUGUCUUCUUGAAGAAUCUGGGAUUUGCCAUGCACUUCAACUCUCAGGAAAUAUCAGAGUCUUUCGAAACAAGCCUCGAACCUCUGAGUAAGGCCAACCUGAGUCGCCACUUUGGUAGUAACACAGACACUACUGUAUCAAAGCCCGAGGCGCCUCCACAGACCGUCUCAGUAGCAGGUACUGUUGGUAUGAGUCUUGACUAUGUGAAGGGUUUGGUCACUGGCCUACUCCGUUCCAUCUAUGAGCGAGACUCGAGAAGAAAUUUUUUGCCAAAAGGACACUGGCUCAUGACAUCUCGACUUGAUAUGACUAAUUUCAUCACAGCCGUGGUCGGCGAAGAUGAGCGACGACAACAAUUGCAACGACAGGCUGAUGAGGACGGCGAAGAUGAUGAACCCGAUACAGAGUUUGAUGAGGCCGAAUUUAUCUCCAUGACACGUUCACAGCGGAACUAUCAACGCAACAAUCGACACGACAGUAGAGUACGAUAUCUGCAAUCCGUUGCUCCUCGACUGGAAAUCUUACAAAACAUGCCCUUUAUGAUACCUUUCGAGACAAGAGUCCAGAUUUUCCGCGAGUUCGUUCGCCUGGACAUGAUGUCUCGAAGAGGUGGGCACACAGACCCAGAUCUUUGGAGGCAUAGGAUUGCGUUUGCAUCGAUGGGUGGUCCAGAAAACGAGCUCGGACGGCACCAUGCAAGCAUUCGCCGCAAGAAUGAGUUCGAGGACGCAUUCAGGCAGUUCUACAGUCUUGGUGAUGGUCUAAAGGAGCCAAUUCAGAUCACUUUCCUGGAUGAGUUUGGUCUACAGGAAGCGGGCAUUGAUGGCGGAGGUGUCACCAAAGAAUUCUUGACCAGUAUCACCACGGAAGCUUUCAAUCCCGAGAAGCUCUUAUUCACAGAAAACAGCCAACACUCCUUGUAUCCCAACCCGAACAGCGUUGAGGCACACAAGGAGAUGCUGCGGCAGUCUGGCUACCCUGAUGACAUGGAAGAGCAUCGCGAAUCUGUAAAGGAUCUCUUGCAACGAUACGAGUUCUUAGGUCGCGUUGUUGGCAAGUGUUUAUACGAGGGCAUUCUCAUUGACAUCAAUUUCGCUGCUUUCUUCCUCACCAAGUGGGCUCUCUUUGGUGGUCGAGGUGCCGCGAAGAGAGAGUCUGGAUACAGAGCUUCAGUCAACGAUCUGCGUGACCUUGACGAGGAACUGUACCAGGGACUAAUGAGCUUGAAGCACUAUCCUGGGGAGGUUGCAGAUUGGGGCACAUAUUUCGCCGUCAACAGCACAGUCACACUGCCCAAUGGUCAGUCGAAGACUAUCGAGUACGAACUCAUACCCAAUGGCACAGACACUCUUGUCGAUUCACGCAAUCGUCUAAUCUAUAUCUCAAAAGUCGCCAACUAUCGUCUGUCCCUGCAAUCGAAGCGGCAAACCGAUGCCUUCCUUACUGGACUCUCCAGCAUAAUCCAACCAAGCUGGCUCAAUAUGUUCAACCAACAAGAACUCCAAACCCUCAUUGGCGGUGCAGCAUCAAGUAUCGAUAUCGCCGACCUCCGUGCCAACACCUACUACAACGGCGUCUACCAGAUCGGCGACGACGGCCAAGAACAUCCUUCCGUCCAGCUCUUCUGGCAAACCAUGCUCGAGCUUCCUGAUGCAGAAAAACGCAAAGUUCUCAAGUUCGUGACUUCGACUCCUCGUGCUCCAUUACUCGGCUUUGGGUCUUUGAAUCCAAGGUUUACGAUCAGGGACUCUGGAGAUGACGAACACAGAUUCCCUACUGCGAGCACGUGUAUCAAUCUCUUGAAAUUGCCUAGGUACACGAGUAAGGAGAUGUUGAAGGAGAAGUUGUUGUAUGCUGUCAAUUCUGGCGCUGGGUUCGAUUUGAGUUAG